GGACUCAGCGAUCUUGGGUCGUUGCAGAGCGACCAGCAGCUUAUAGAAAAGGCGUUCUACGAGUGUGAACAGGAGGAGCUCUUGGUGAAAUCAGCCAUGGAGUCUCCGCUGCUCUCCGAUGUACUAGACGCCGAGAACGUCUCUCUAGUGGCGGAAAUGGACAGUAGUGGUGGUGUUGUUGUUUCUGAUGUCGCAGUUCCUAAGAGCGUGAGCUCGGGGAACCUGAGAUCGAUGGAUAUGCCACAGCAGCAGCAAGAGGAUGCGGUGAUUCAUAGAUUCCCUCCAGUGGAUAAUGGAAUGAGAAGAGCCUUUAGCGAAAGCGAUAUACAGACACUGGGGACUCGAAACGCGGGUCUAGUUCAGUCUCAACUGGAUCGGAUGAUAGUCAGUUGCACCUCUGAGGACCGUCGUGAGAAGCUUUCUCGAUACAGGGACAAGAAGAGCAGGAGGAAUUUCGGGCGUAAAAUCAAGUAUGCUUGCAGGAAGACUCUUGCAGACAGUCAGCCGAGGAUCCGAGGAAGGUUUGCAAAAACAGAGGAGAUGCAGAAAUGAGGAUUCAUUUAGUUUUGGUACCUGAAGAUAAGCAGAACAGUUUGAUGCAGUGUGUUAAGCCCAACAACCUCUUUGGUGUCUUUUUUGUAUAUAAGGGUUUGUCUGAAUAAGCCUCUAAGGAGUAAGGAUUAGGAAGGGGAACAAGUUGUAGUAGGGUUACUCAAAUGAUAUGCUUUUAUCUAUGUUAGAUCUUGCGAAGCUCAGUCUCUUAAGUUCUUAUCUUAUAAGCUGUUUGAUGUUCC